GUAGUUAGUGUCAUCCUUCUGCUUGAACACGCUCAUCAGCGUUCGUCUUCAGUUCUUCGUUUCAAUAAGUCCUUUCAUGCGGAUAAACUAUUGUGGGUUGGAAUGGACGCGGAGGAGGAUGAACUCUGGUUGCACGCGUUUAACGGGCACCCGUCCCCGAGUCACGGGCUUACAUUUCUCCUGAACGAUGUGGAUUUAGACAUUCAGGAUGAUGCAGCGUCAAUCCUGGUUGCUGGGCACGACCAGGGCACGGCAGCCCCCGCACCUGCUGCCCAGCCUCCAGCCGACGCCGCUCAGGUUCCUGGAGGGGGCGUCGCCAACGGCUGGGGUGCCGCCAACGGCUGGGGUGCAGUCACAACGCAGCCUGGCCAGCCGGGGCAAUCAGUGCCGCUGGUCGGGAAAUCGGGUGUCGCGGGCGCAGACGCUCAGGACCAUGCCGCAGGCGUGACCGCCGCGGCAGCUCCUGCAGCCUCGCAGCCUUCGUGCUUCCAGAUCGCGGUCCCUGCUUCCGCGAGUGGCGCAGUACUGGGAUCGGUAGCGGGCCAGACUGAGGUCGCUGAAAGAGCCGAGGCCCCUGGCGCUGAUGGUGUCGUGGCGUCGGUCCCAGCCCGCGGCAAGCGAGGCCGCAGGCGCAAGCCCCGCAUGCCGGAGCUGCAGGCGCACCUGGAGGCGCUCACAAACCAGUUCUCAAAGCUGCACCAGGAGAAUGAGUUCCUGAAGAACAAGCUCAAGGUCCUGGAGCGGGUGGUGCCGUACCGGGACGAGAGCGCCGCCGCCCUGACGCAGCUGCUGGCGGCGGCGGCAGCGGCCCAGGCUGCUGCUGACCAGCACAAGGCGGCGGCGGCAGCGGCGGCUUGCGAGGAGUCGCCUUACAGCUCUAUGGGCGAGUCCGAGGGCUCGGACUCGUACUUCGCCUCGGAUGAAGGCGAGCAGGAGGAGGGCGAGGAGGAGGUGGAGGGGGAGGAGGCGGAGGAGGAUUGGGAGGGGGAUGCGCGGGAUAGCACUGACGGGCGCCGUGACGAGUGGCGUGCGGGCGUGCUCCCUUCGCCUGCGCCGGGACAUGAAAGUGGGAAACCGGCGGUCCUGGUGCCACAAGCUUCGGCUGGGCCUGGGGCUGGAGCUGCCAGUGUGGCCUGGCGUGAGACCCGUGGGGACGAGGCGGGGGCGGGUACUGCGCUGGCGGGUACGUCGCCAGGGCCACCGGGCAGCAGCCUGCCAGCCUGCAGCGGCAGCAGCAGCAGCGCUGUGGACGGCGGCAGCCAGCAAGACGCAACGCGAGGCGCAACUGCUGCGACUGGCACGGCGCGUGGCCGCAGCACUGGCGGCGGUGAUAGCGCCAGCCAUGGACCGGCCUCUCGCGCGCCGCAGCUGCCGCCGCGCCCAUCCGGCUCGCGACCUUCCCGUACGUCGCAACCCAGGCCAGGCCCGGGACAGGAGCAACAGCAACACAAGCAGCAGUCCUCAGCGUCCGUGCACACGGAGCGCCAGCUCAAAUCCUCUCACCAGCUGGCACAGCAGCAGGCGACAUCGGCGGCGCCCCAGCACCCGAAGCAGGUGGCGGUGCUGGCGCUGUGCCCCGCCCCCGACGGCGAGCCACCCCUGCUCACGGCGGGUGACGUGGAUGAGCUGCGGCGCGUGACACCGGAGCAGUUCCGACAGCUGUGGAAACACAUCUGCAUGCAGCUGGGCGUGCUGGUGGCGGGAGCCGAGGUGCACGGCCCCGGCUCGGCGCCGUACGGGCGCCUGGAGGUGUUCCUGGAGCGCUGCCUCGCCUACGUGGACAAGAUCAGCAUACUGGCGCCCGCCUGCUUCGUGCACAGCAUGUACAUGAACAUCGAGACGGGGCAGCCGGAGCGGCCUCCGGACUCGUUCUGGAUGACAUGCGCCCGCGCGCUGCAGCUGACGCCGGCCCAGCUGGCUGAGGUCACGUCAUUGGCGUCCGUGUACGAGCAGAACGUGGUGCCGGUGGUGCAGCAGCGGCUGCAGCUGGCGGCGCGGCUGAGCGACACGCUGGCAGCGGCCACGGCGGCGCCCGCGACUGGCGGCGAAACGCUCACGGCCCUGUCCGAGGUGGAUGCGCUGGCGGAGCAGCUGCAGCGCAACGUGCUCAAGGAGCACCAGGCGCACUGGGACAUCGGAGACUUUCUGUGCUCCAGUGUGCUAACGCGCUUCCAAGUCGCCAAGGCGCUGACGGUGUGCUUUCCGCACAUACCGGAUGGAGUGGCAAUGCUGCAUGCCUUCAAAAUCCUUAGCGAGCAGCUCAAGCAAGAAGAGCAACAGAAGCAAAUGCAGCAGCAAGCGGCUUCUGCUGGGGUGCUGCACGGUCUGGCGGCCGGAGCGGUCGCCGCGCCGACGUGGGUUCCACCACCCGCGAUUCCGGCAGCAUCUCUGGCGGGAUCCCAGCAGACCUUCCCCACGCUGGCGGGGCUGCUGGUGUGCCACCUGCCACAGCUGGCAGCAUGGACGGCGGCGACGGCGCCCGCAGCAGGAGCGGCCCCAAUGCAGCCCCGCGCCGUCACGGCUGUUCCCGUAGUGGCGCCAGCGGUCGUCGCCGCAGCUACUCCCCUAGCUGGUGCGCCUGUAUCCCUGCCCAUGGCUGCUGCUCCCACGCCUUUGGCUGGGAUGACGUCUUUGCCGCAGCUGCAGCCGGCCCUCCUGCAAGGCUUCCUCGGCAUGCUACAGCCGACCCAGCUGCAAGGCCUGGUGGCAAUGCUACAGCCGGAGCAGCUGCAGUCGCUGCUGCAGUCGCUGUCAGCUGCACAGGUGCAGCAGCUGUUGGCAGCGCUGCAGCCAGCACAUCUGCAGGCCGUGCUGACGGCGCUCCAACCAGCGCAGCUGCACACAGUCCUUUCCGUGCUGCCUGCUGGCCAGCUUCCCGCGUUGCUGGGCAAGCUGCCGCCGGAGCAGCUUCAGACCAUCCUAGCAGUGCUGCAGGAGCAGCAGCGGCUGCAGCAACAGCGGCAAUAGCGGGUGGUUGGGCGCGGUCCCAGGGAUAAACAGCAGGGAACGCUUUGAUAGUUUAACAGUGCAUGUGCAGUAGCUAGUGACGUAGUGGAGAGGAGGGCGUCAAGGUACGAUGUGCUGUGAGGCAACGCACCAGUGGUGUUUGGGCUAUGGCAUCGGGGCAAUAUAGCGGUGGUGAUGCAGGGGUGAGUGGCUGUUGACAUCCGGACGCAGUGAUUGAGUUACCGUAGUACGAGACUGCAAAUAGGACCAGGUAGGACCCCGUCUCACGUAGGAACCCAUUUACCGUAUGAUCUCAACCUAUGGUCGCGGUGGCCAUUCCAAUACCAAUUGCACUCAAGGCUUGCUGGCUUAGCAAGGGAGGUGUAUUGCUGUAACAUACACUGAUG